AUGGCUCUCUGUGUUUGUAAAUGUCUUAAUGUUACGCUAGAAAGUGAAAAAAUAGAAGAUAAUAUCGAUAUUGGUAAAUUGGAACUAUCUGCGGCGGAACAAAGAGAUAUUUUUUUCAGUGAGAAAUUAAUGUCAUGUCCAAUAAACUCAAUAAAGAUUCAUGUUGCACAACAAGCUCUCAUAGGACACCGACCAAUAGAUCAUUGGAUGAUUGAGUCUUGUCUUGCUUGUGGGCAGGUCACACAUGCUAUAUCUAAUGAUAGAUCUACCAUUUUAAUUUGCAAAUCAAUACAAACAACAUUGGAGAGGGUAAAUAACCUGAAAAAAUCAACUAAUUUCUCUCCAGUUUUUAACUUGUUAGUUCCAGAAAUAACAAAUGACAUAGAAAUGAAAGAAAAUGUUGAUACAAACAAUGUUUUGAUAAAAAACAACAGUGUUAGUCCACCAAGUCUACAGGCAAUAGGCACACUAAGCAAACAACUGAAUCAGACAUUGCAAUCACAACUAGAAGCUGUUGAAGAAACCGUCCGUCAAUUUAGAGAUCAAAAAUAUGCUGAAUUUGAAGCAUAUAGAGAAAAGGCGCACAGGGAACAUAAAAUUUUAUCUAGUAUUGUAAGCAAAGCAAGACAUAAUAUUGAAGAUGGUGUUUGGCAAAUGGAUUCCAAUUCGGUCAAUGGACCACCUUCUCCAUUGCUACCUCCACAACAGAGAAGAAGACUGUCAUCUAUUAAAGAUUCCAAUAAAAUAACACAGAAUAUUGUGAAGUCCAACACACAACUUUCACAUGAAGAAGACUCUCUAGACGCUGAAGAUAUUUUCGACUUGGAUGGAAUGGAUUCCCGUCACAAUAUGAUCUCCGAUCAGGAUGAUUAUGACUCGGACCAAGGCAGCAACGACGAGGGAAUCCACAUUUCGCGCCCGCGCGGCGUAGUGCCCGCUAACAUCGCACGCUCAUUGCCCAUAAAUGUUCCUAAUUUCCCGAUAGAACGCACUCCAGUCAAGGAAAUGGACGACUAUGAUGAGCCACAGGACAUCGCGGCCAGUAUUAAAGCGCUGGCGCGGUCCGUUCACGGCGACGUAUACGAGUUGCCACGCCCGCGUUUCUCCACGCAGAUC